AUGACGGCUGCUGAAAUUCUGGACGUUUCUAACGAGAAGAAGUACUGGCGCUCAAUUUCUCAGGUUAGAGCAUAUUUGGAGUACGUGGUUCUGGCGAAGCAAGACGAGGAGGGGAUGACUUGGCACCUUGAUCCUGAUGAAGAACUUCACCCUGGCUCUGACGGGAACGGGAAAGGUAGCCAACACAGGCCGGUGACUAGUAUCGCAACGAGUUCUGGCUACUUUGGAGGGCGCCUCCCACAACCGUUCUCGAGCGUGUCGGACUUUGUCGAGUACCAUCGACAAUUUUUGGGCCAUGAUAUUCCGUUUUGCUUGGUUGAAGACAUGCUCGCUGCCUUACCUCGCGACAUGGCCAUGUGUUUUGUCUACGGUGGCUUCUUCCCAAACAAUUUUUUGUGGCUCGCGAUCAUUGAUUGGGCGACGCCCUCGCGCUUGCUCACCUGGCGCUCCUUACUUGAUCAAGCCUCACGACUAGAAAGGAUCGCAACACACCACAACCAAAUCCUCGCCGAACUCGAGACUGAGAUGGCAAUCGCUCAGGAAGCCUUGAAAACUAUGAUGCAGCAGCGAAAUGAUACACACGCCCUGUUGGCGCCCUUGAGCAGCACUGUCGACGCAGGUGAAGCUCUCUUUGAUAACGUUGACGAACAAAUGGUUGACGUAGAAUGCGAUUUGUACUCGCUGCAAGGUGGAUCAGAGAAGCAGAUCUCAAGCGCAAGCAUCACGGAUCAUAGCGAAACUUUGUACGAAAUCAAACCUGAAAUCGAGGAAGGCCAACUAGAGCUGCGACGGCCCUUGAAGCAACGUAAAGAUGUUUCAGAGCAGUUGGAUCUCCAUCGUGACCUACUCUCGCCCAUACGCAAGGUUCCCCCAGAGAUCAUUUCCUCUGACAGCCAUUUUCUCCAAUCCCCAACUCAUGUCUCUUCGAGUGUUCUGACUGGCGUUUGUGUUGCUUGGAAGAAUAUUGCACUCGGUAUGCCCGAAUUAUGGUCCUUCAUACUGGUCGAGAUACGGAAAGGGAAGUUUUACCCUGACAAACGGACCAUUGGAAGGUGGAUUGAGCGCUCUGGCUCCUCCGCGCUUGCUUUCUCUAUUGAAGAGAGAGAUUCAUCUUUUCACAGCAGCCAUGCAGGAGUUGAUCAGAUUCCGCCCACCAUGCCACACGACAAUACGAACUCUGAGCACCCCGCUGGAUCACCAGUUGCGUCCAUGCUCGACCCCUUCAGUCCCCAUUACUCUCGAUGGCAGAGAGUCCGUCUGAGAUACAGCGAUGCAUCGCCUGGUACAGUUGUUACUGCCUUGCCAUUGCCCAUAAACACGACGUAUCCUUUACUUGAAGAGGUAUACUUGGACAAAGGUUACUGGUGGGCACAAGAAGAUCUAGACUGCAUCAAAUCCAUGAUGGUCUCCGCACCACGGCUCCAUUCCGUUACCUGGCUAAGCGAGAAAUCAUACAAAAUGCUUGCAUUUCCAUGGAAGCAGCUCACACACUUCUUGCAGGGCCCCAUUGCCACUAUGAACGAGGGUCUUCGUGUCCUAGCGAUCUGUCCUCAUCUCAAAUCCCUGGAGCUGACGCUCUUUCUUCCCAUGUUUCCCAUCGACGACGACGACGAUCCAUUUGUCCACAACACUUUAGAACGCCUACAUCUACGUACUGCAGGUAACCUGGCAGUCCUUUUCGACAAAGUCACUCUACCAGCUUUAAAGGAUCUAUCGCUUUCCGAAUUACAUGGAGCCUCACCCAACCCCCCUAUACAGCUUGGCCGGUGGCCACAAUCCCAGUUCCUUGCAUUCCUUCUACGUUCAGGUUGCACCAUCAAGCAAUUCAUCAUUCAGGAGUGGGAUAUUUCAGCAGAAGAGAUAGCGGAGUGCCUCGUACAUCCGCAGAUAUCGAAGUCAUUGGAUUCGUUGUCUAUCACGGAAUAUCACCAAAAGCAUCUGUGCAUGACGGAUGGGGUUCUUAGGCUGUUGACGUAUUCCCCAUCGGUUAUCUUGUCAGAAAACGUUCUGGGUGGUGGGGACGACCAACUGAUCGAGGACGCCCCAUCGGAGACUAUCCGUCCGAAUCUCACGACCAUCAAGCUGUGGGAUGCAUUUCCGCCCAUGAUGGAAAGGUCGCAGAUAUGGUAG